CACGUGACGAAGUGACAGGGUGCCCAAAACCAGGUUUGUGUCCCCCGAGAAGAUCUCCCGGAUAUUCCCGAAUUUGUUUCCUUUGGGUACCACAAAAGGUUUAUAAUACAUGUUCAAUUACAAUGUCUAGCAAUAAGAUCACCGGGCUGGUUGCAGCUCCGUUGGCUCCAUUCGACCAGAAUGGAAACCUCAACACCCAGAUUUUGCUGAGCUACACUGAACUCUUGCUGGCUAAUAAUGUCAUUGGAGUUUAUGUAAAUGGAACCAGUGGUGAAGGGUCACUUCUUUGCGUUGAAGAAAGAAAAGCCAUAGCACAGGGAUGGAUUGAAGCUUCGCAUGGAAGAUUUCAGCAAAUUAUUAUUCAAGUCGGUACAGACAAUUUAAAGGACACAAUGACACUGGCAACCCAUGCUGAAAAUAUAGGAGCUACUGGUAUUGCUGUUUUACCACCAGUAUACAACGCACCAGCAUCUCCAGAUGCUGUGGCAACAUACUUGGAGCAGGUGUCAUCCGCAGCACCAAACACACCGCUAUUCUACUAUCACAUCCCAGCAUGGUCUGGCAUCACUUUCCCACUUGAAGACAUUCUAGAAGCAUCAAGCCACAGGGUUCCCACAUUGGCUGGAGCUAAAUGUACCAGCUCAGACCUCUCUGAUUACUGCCGCUGUCUUCGGCUGCAUGGGGGAAAUAACAUUGACUUGCUAUUUGAUGUACAGAUGUUGCUUGGGGCAUUAGCAAUGGGUGCGCAAGGAUUUGUGGGGAUAUCGUUUAACUACGCGAGCAGCUGUUUAAAUCGCAUGAUCAAGUCCUUUAACUCUGGCGAUGUACAGACUGCAAGGGAAGAGCAGGCCCGUGUGCAGGAUCUGUUUCGUGUGAUUUCUAAACAUGGAAGCGAUGCAUUCAACAUUGGCGUUCACAAGGCGCUCAUGAGGCUACGCGGGCUGGAGCUUGGCCAACCAAGGCUUCCAAACACAGCCCUUACUGAAAGCCAGGUAGCUGGCCUCAACCGCGACUUAGAGGAGAUGGGGUUCCUUGAAUGGUGUAAAUAGGGAAACAAGAUAGUUUGUGUAAGACAGUCGCUAUCGUUUUCUCGCGCGCGUGCGCUACUUGGGGUGGUGGUGGUGGGGGAGUCGCUAGGAGAGGUGGCUUCUGAUGGGAUACUCGUAUCUUUUAGGACCAAAAAUGAGAGACUGUUUCAUUAUUUAUGAUUUUAAUCACAAGAUAAGCACCACUAAAAAUAUGUGUUUGGCCAUCGUUUAAAUUUCGUAUAUAUCUGCCUCAUUAAAAGAAGCUGAAAAGCAUUUUACCUAUA